GUUCUUCGGGCGGGCAACACAGUAGGAGGGCGCAGUACUGAAGGGAAUCCUGAAUGCUUAUGAAAAAGAACCUGGGCAGCUUGUGAACUUUCAAAAAUCACAAGUUUCUUUCAGUAAACAAGUGAAGAUGCAUCAGCGAUUAAUGGUCAGUGGCACACUGGAAAUGGCGAUGGUCGAAAAACAUGACAAAUACUUGGGGUUGCCGACUGUGGUGGGCAGGUCGAAGAAGGAAAUUUUCGCGGGGCUGAUUGAAAGGGUUCGGAAGAAACUAAAGAAUUGGAAAGAGAAAACCCUCUCGAUUGGUGGACGGGAGACACUGAUAAAGUCAGUAGCUCAGGCACAAUUUACGUACGCAAUGUCGGUUUUUCGAGUGCCGAGUUCGAUAGUGAAGGAAGUACAUGGUUUGAUCACAAACUUCUAUUGGGGGCAGCGGGGAUCGGAGCGACGCAUUCACUGGAUCAGCCAUGACGAGCUAACAUGGCCGAAGGAGGAGGGUGGUCUGGGUUUCCGAAAUCUGUUUGGUUUUAAUACGGCUUUGCUCGCAAGACAAGUGUGGAGUAUUCAUCAGAGGCCGCAAUCAUUGGUGGCCAGGAUACUCCAGGCCAAAUACUACAAGAAGACGACGAUAUUGGAGGCUGCUGUGGGCCAUCACCCCAGCUAUAUAUGGCGGAGCUUGAUGAGUGCUCAAGAGCUCCUAAAUGAGGGAAUAAGGUGGAGGAUUGGGAAUGGGGCAUCAGUACAGAUCUGGGGUGAUAAAUGGCUGCCGGAAUCGACUCCCGCCUUCGUAACUUCAGCCCCAAUGGGCCUCCCUGUUGAUGCUAAGGUGCGGGACCUAAUCUCCCCGGAAUUGGAUCAGUGGGACGAGACAGUGGUGGAGGCUUGCUUCCCGACGGAGAUUGCUAGUCGGAUAAAGCAGAUUCCGCUGAGAGGACUGGAUGAAGUGGACAAGCAAAUUUGGAUGGACACGCCUAAUGGGGACUACUCGGCAAAAUCAGGCUAUAAGUGGUGGCUGAAGAGGUACAAGGAAGAAAGGCAAUUGGCCGAAGUGGGGGAAGCGCAUGUAUGGAAGAAGCUAUGGGCUAUGGAAGUCCCGUCGAAAGUUAAGCACUUUGUGUGGCGGUUUGCUCGGGAUGCUCUGCCGACAGGGGAUCAUAUCAGUAUAAAAAGCGAGAGAAGAACUGAUAAGUGCCCCUUCUGCGAUCUCAAAGAGACGCAAGUCCAUCUAUUCGACGAAUGUCAAUGGACAUCUCGUCUAUGGCGAGGCUGUGUACUGGAUGGUUGUUUCUCUCGGCGAGGCAACCGGUCAUGUUAUGAGUGGUAUAAGCUGGUUAUGGAGGAGUUUGAGGGAGAAGUUCUGGAAAAGUGGAGCGUUCUACUGUGGUUCCUCUGGAAAGAGCGAAAUGCUCAUAUGUUCAACAGAUCAAAGCUAGACGAAGGGGAGAUUGUAGCCCGCUCCCAAGCUUACCUGGAGGAAUACAAACAACACCAGGUACGUGAGCAGGUGGUUGCGACUCCCUCAGUGAAGCAUUGGAAGAAACCGGACUUUGGAAAGGUGAAGAUUAACACUGACGCAGGUUUACUCGAGAACGGGGGGAUUGGCCUCGGAGUAGUGAUCAGGGACGCUGAAGGAAACUUCAUCCUCGCAGCUGCGAAGAAGAUCCCGAGACAAUGGGACGUGGUCACUGCAGAGGCGAUGGCGGCAGAGAUGGGAGUGAGCCUAGCUUGACAGUUCUAUGUCAGCAACCCGACCCUAGAGUCGGACAGUCUGAUUCUUAUUUCGAGGCUCUCCGAGGCGAGGGGGAAUCAGACAGAACUUGGCACUGUAUGCAAGAGUAUCACAAGGAAACUGCUCGAAAUGGGUAAUGGGUCGUGGAUUUUCACCCCGCGGGAAGGCAACAUGGCUGCCCAUAUUAUGGCGCAUUCGGCUGCGAACUGGAAUGAUCAGAGUGUUUGGUUAGAUAGUCCUCCCACGUUUCUAGUUGACCAGCUAGAGCUGGACAAUGUAGCUUCAGAUUCUGCUUAAUAAAAUCUGCAGGUUCCGAUAAAAAAAAAUAAUUCUCUAACAAUGACGAAAAGUUAUUUGUCUAAAAUAUAUAGGAAACAUAUCAAUAUUCUUCUUAGAGGUAUAAAGAGAAUUAGUCUUG